AUAGUCAAUGUGUUGUAUCUGUUCUGCGCUGCCUUGACGGAACAUAAGAUCCUGUUCCUGUCCAGCAGCUACCAGCGCCUCACUGACGCCUGCCGGGGGCUGCUGUCCAUCAUGUUCCCUCUCAAGUACAGCUUCACGUAUGUUCCAAUCCUGCCGGGAAAGCUCCUGGAGUCCUGAGCACGCCCACUCCCUUAUCAUUGGUGUCAAUUCAUUCUUCCGAUCAGAGACGCAAGAACUGUUGGAUGUGAUCAUUGCUGACCUGGACGGCGGUACGGUGACGAUCCCGGAGUGCGUCCACAUCUCACUUCUGCCUGAACCUCUGCUCCAACAGACCCAGACUCUGCUCUCCAUGGUUCUGGAUCCAGAGCUGGAGAUCGCUGAUCAUGCCUUCCCCCCAGUUUCCACACAAGCCUCCGCACUUAAAAUCCAGGAUAAGGAGAUCCGAGCGGUCUUCCUGUGGCUGUUUGCUCAUCUCUUCCAGGGCUAUCGAUGGUGUUUACACAUAAUCCGCAUUCACCCAGAGCCGGUGAUCCGCUUUCACAAGGCCGCUUUCCUGGGCCAGAGGGCGCUGACAGAGGACGACUUCCUCAUGAAGGUGCUGGACGGCAUGGCAUUCGCAGGCUUUGUAUCAGAACGAGGACCUCCGUACCGGAGCACAGACCUGUUUGAUGACCUGGUAGCCAAUCAGGUGGAGCGGAUACGACAAGAGGAGGCCUAUCCACACAAAGUAAUGAACCACAUCAAAGAGCUGGCGGAACAGCUCUUCAAAAACGAGAAUCCCUACCCUGCUGUAGCAAUGCACAAAGUCCAGAGGCCAUCAGAAAACAACCAGAAUGCCGCACAGAACCAGUCGCCCUUCCCUCCUUUGGACGAGGUUGCAGUCCAGCUCUUCAUAGACCAUGCUGCUGCCAAACUCAAGACCGCACCGCCUGUGGUGAAGGCGGAGGUGAAGGGCAUGGUGCCGUCCGGACCUCCACUGGGAGACAUUGUGGACAGAAAUGGCAACGUUAUGGCUAACAGCGCCCGCAGACUAGAGGUGGUCAGGAACUGCAUCACGUACAUCUUUGAUAACAAGAUGCUGGAGGCCAAGAAGCUCAUGCCAGCUGUCCUGCGGGCGUUGAAAGGUCGGGCAGCUCGGGUUUGUUUGACCCAGGAGCUCAAUCAGCAUGUCCUGCAGAACCGAGCUGUGCUGGAUGACCAACAGUUUGACUACAUCGUCCGCAUGAUGAACUGCACGUUACAAGACUGCUCUCAUAUAGAUGAACAUGGUAUUGCUGCUGCCUUACUUCCACUGGUCACAGCCUUCUGCAGAAAACUGGGAGCAGGCAUUACUCAGUUUGCCUACAGCUGCGUACAGGAGCACAUGGUCUGGACCACCAUGCAGUUCUGGGAAGCUAUGUUCUACAGCGACGUCCAAAACCAUAUCAAAGCUCUGUACUUGGAGACGGAGGAUGGAGAGCAACACAACAACUCAGAGCAGCAGGAUGAGCGGGAGGUCAGCGCACUGGAGCUGGCGUCAGAGCAGAGUCGACUGUGGCCGACACUCAGCAAAGAAAUGCAGACAGAGCGUGUGCAGAAGGAGGAGAGCACUGUGUUCAGCCAGGCCAUCCACUACGCCAACAGGAUGAGCUACCUGCUACUGCCGCUGGACACCAGCAAGAACCGCCUACUGCGGAGCUCUGGCCUCGGAGACGUGGAGAGCGUCAGCAACAGCUAUGUCACGAACAGUAUUGCAGGCAGCAUGGCAGAAAGUUACGACACAGAGAGCGGCUUUGAAGAUGCUGAGAGCUCGGAUGUGGCCAACUCUGUGGUGCGCUUCAUCAAUCGCUUUGUAGACAAAGUGUGUAAUGAGAGUGGUGUAACCAAUGAGCACCUUAAAGCUCUUCAUGCCAUGAUACCAGACAUCGUUCAGAUGCACAUUGAGACGCUGGACGCAGUCCACAGGGAGAGUAAACGACUGCCACCAAUCCAAAAGCCCAAGCUGCUGAGGCCGACUCUUCUUCCGGGAGAGGAGCUGGUGAUGGACGGCAUGCGAGUCCACCUGAUCCCUGAUGGCCGAGAAGAGGCCACAGGGUUGAUGGGAGGACCGCCUCUGCUUCCAGCUGAGGGCGCCAUCUUCCUCACCACCUACAGACUCAUCUUCAAGGGCACGCCCACUGACCCGCUGGUGGGUGAGCAGGUGGUCACUCGUUCAUUCCCCGUCGCCUCUCUGACCAAGGAGAAGAGGAUCUCAGUCACUUUACCCAUGGAUCAGUUUGUCCAGGAGGGUCUUCAGCUACGAUCAUGCACCUUCCAGCUCAUGAAGAUUGCAUUUGAUGAGGAGGUUGCAUCGGACCUGGCUGAAGUUUUCAGAAAACACAUGCACAAACUGCGCUACCCUCAGCACGUCAUGGGUACCUUCGCCUUUACUGUGGGUCAGAGUGGGAAACUUGUGGUGGAGCACAAGACCAAGGACAAGAACCAGUCACUCAAGACACUUUCUAAAAACCUGGUGAAAAGUGCCAAGAGGACAAUCGGCCGGCAAUAUGUAACCAGGAAAAAGUAUUCUCCUCCCACCUGGGAAAACCGGAGCAGCUUCCAGUCAGAGCUAGACGAGGAUGAAAUCUCAGUGUCAGAGGAGGUGGACCAGAGCUCCCUCACCCUCUCCUCCACCAUUCGCUCCUCAGACAGACACACCAUGAGCAACGUGGUGGAGCGUGCCUGUUGCCGUGACUACCAGCGGUUAGGCCUGGGCACGCUCAGUAACAGCUUGACCCGCUCUAAAAAUGAGCCGUUUAGGAUUUCUACCGUUAACCGCAUGUACACCACCUGCAGGAGUUACCCCGGCCUGCUGAUCGUCCCUCAGAGCAUUCCAGAUGCGACCAUCCAGAGAAUCUGCCGCUGCUACAGGCAGAACCGCUUCCCUGUGGUUUGCUGGAGGAACUCAAGAACCAAGGCUGUCCUGCUGCGCUCUGCAGGUCUCCAUGCCAAAGGGGUGGUGGGCUUUUUUAAGUCCCCCAAUGCUCCUUCUGCAGUGCCCUCACAGGCAGACUCUACCAGUCUGGAACAGGAAAAAUACCUGCAGGCCAUCAUCAGCUCCAUGCCUUCAUACAGUGAGAACAGCGGCAGGAACACGCUGAGCGGCUUCACAUCCACACACAUGAACAUCUCUGAUUCAUCUGAUAAGUUGCGGCAGCCAAAGAUUGGCGUUCUGAUGAAGCAGGUGAUGGGAACCAAGGAGGACAUUCCUGGAACAUUCAGCCGAGGAGCUCUGGGUCAAAGGGCCAAAGUCAUCUCCCUCUCUCAACCCAAAGUGUCUGGCAAGGCCAGGAACACCCCUAGAGGUAAAUGGGGCAGCAUCCGAGGCAGUGGACGUCUAAGUGCCUAUAACCCAGACGUGGGGACACGUUUGGCAGGGAAAGAGUCUCCGCAGCCCAACGGAGGGCCAAGUGAGGCCCUAUUCCUCCGCCAACAGAAGGCCUACCUCUACAUCAUUGGAGACAAAUCUCAGCUAAAGGGAGGGAAACAGGACUCAUUCCAGCAGUGGGAGGUGGUUCCCAUCGAGGUGUGUGAUGUACGGCAGGUGAAGAACAGUUUUAAGAAGCUGAUGAAAGCCUGUGUGCCGAGCUCGCCGCCCUCUGACCCCAACAUGAGCUUCCUGCGCUGCCUGGAGGAGUCUGAGUGGAUGGCCCUGCUGCACAGGGUGCUGCAGGUGUCCGUCCUGGUGGUGGAGCUGCUGGACACGGGCUCGUCCGUCAUGGUCAGCCUGGAGGACGGCUGGGACGUCACCACUCAGGUGGUGUCUUUGGUGCAGCUGCUGUCAGAUCCAUACUACAGAACGUUUGAUGGCUUCCGGCUUCUGGUGGAGAAGGAGUGGUUGUCAUUUGGUCACAGGUUUAGUCACCGCGGUGCCCAGACUCUGGCUAGCCAGAGCAACGGCUUCACCCCCGUCUUCCUGCAGUUCCUCGACUGUGUGCACCAGAUCCACCUUCAGUUCCCCAUGGAGUUUGAGUUCAGUCAGUACUACCUAAAGUUCUUGGCUUACCAUUACGUCUCCAACCGCUUCCGAACCUUCCUGCUCGACUCUGACUACGAGCGUAUAGAGCUGGGAGUGCUCUAUGAGGAGAAAGGGGAGAGGAAAAGCCCUCAGGUGUGUAAAACUGUGUGGGACUACAUCGACAGACUAAACAAGAAAACACCCAUUUUCUACAACUAUAUGUUCGCUCCUGAAGACGACGAGGUGCUGCGGCCUUACACCUUUAUCUCCAACCUGAAGGUGUGGGAUUUCUACACAGAGGAAACUCUGUCCGAGGGGCCGUCCUACGACUGGGAGCUCAGAGGCCGCCAAGAGCGAGUAGCUGAGGAGAUGCCAGAGAAACCCGACAGCAGUGCCCCCAAGUCACAGCGGCACAUUGUGUGGCCGUGCUACGACAGUCUGAGCAAAGCGGUGCCAGAUGCCAUCACCAAGCUGCUGCAGGACCUGCAGAGUCUGGAGGCGGAGCUUGGUCAGACGUCAGAGAAGUGGAAGGACACGUGGGAUAAAAUCAAGGCGACGCAGCGGACUGAAACUAAACUGGAAAGCAAGCCGUCGUUCUCCAGUUCUCUGCUGAUGUCAUCCAACCUGAGCCACCAGCGGCGGUCGCAGGGCGUUUACCUGCAGGAGAGCGGCGUGGGCUCCUCCAUCAACCUGGCUCUGGAUUGUGAGGCCAGCGCCACCUCCACGCCCGUCGCAGGUCGGCCCAGCACCAGCACACUCUACAGCCAGUUCCAGAGCACCGAGAGCGAGAACAGGAGUUUUGAAGGGAUUCUGUACAAGAAAGGAGCUUUGUUGAAACCAUGGAAACCACGGUGGUUUGUGCUGGACAAGACUAAACAUCAGCUGCGAUACUACGAGACCCGGCAGGACAAGGAGUGUAAAGGGGUGAUCGAACUGGCCGACGUGGAGUCUGUCACUCCAGGAGCGUCUGCCAUGGGAGCGCCUAAAAAUAUCGAGGAGAAAGCCUUCUUCGAUCUCAAGACGACCAAACGAGUGUAUAACUUCUGUGCCCAGGACAGUCUGAACGCACAGCUGUGGAUGGACAGUGUUCAGAGCUGCCUGUCAGACGCCUAGAGAGUGGGCGGGACUCUGAGAGGAGCGAAGCCGAGGCGCCUGACGGGGGGCCAACAGCGAUGGGAAGGGGCCUUUCACCACUUAAGCUCUGUUCCGUACCGUAGUGUUGAACUAAUAACCCUGUGUCACAACGUUUCAGUGUUUUUGUAAUAAGAAAAAAAGGAAAAAAACUAGAAAAAAAAAACCAAGUCCCUGAAGAACCACUCGCUGUUGUCUGACCACGCCUCCCACCUCCCUGACAGCGUGACCACUAUGUGUGCUGGAUGUCCGUGUGCACAAAUUAAAGCUUAACCGAGCACGUUGAGUCGUCCUGCAGCCUGGACCAGCAUGAAGACCUUUCCAAACCCUCCGACUUGGAAAAUCCGCCCCGCCUUCCGCCCUACUAACCCCCCAACCCCCACACGCCGCCGUCGCUGCCCCUUUAAAACGCUCGGAUGACGGAGGAGCUGCAGGACGAAAUAAACACUCAACAAGUGUCAGACUGAAACAGAAAGGAUGGGACCGGUGGGUGACGGACCAAAACGUCCAGUCCUCAGAGCCCUACUCGCCUCUCACUGCCUGAUGUAGCCCUUUGCAGUAUACUUAACACAAGUGUGUAUUUGUGGGGGGGGGGGGGGGGUGUCUUUUCAACAUUCAUGAAGGAUUUGCUUUUGUUUUCCAAAAAUUUGUACCAGAAAGAGACCGUCUGCUGUCCUCAGUGAGCAGCAGCAGAUGAUGAUGAUGAUGAUGAUACUGUGAAAGCCACGAAUCAGUCGUUGAGAUCAAACCAGGAGAGUCGGUCGGGUGUGGAGCGUUUUUGUGUUUACAAAGUGGACAAAGCUGAGCUCCGCACCGGCGUUUUAUUCCACACAACCACUAUUAACAUUAAGAUUUUAAGGGAAAGAACAGGAGGGACUUGUGUAUCGUAGCGAUGUCUUAAAAACUAUUCACAGACGGAGACGCGGAAGGGUAGAGAGGAGUUCAAAACACAGGGGGAUUGUGGGACACUUCGAGGAGACUACAGUGUUUUUAGAGAUGGACGUUCGAUUAAAAACUGGAUGUGUGGUGAUGCAGGGGCAGACGUGAGCGCUGGUCAGACUAACUCCAUCACAUGACCUUGUUUUUCUCAGUUGAAUGUGAUGCUGCAGCCGGUGUUCUGUCGUCACCAGUGUUUAACACCUGUACAUAAACAAGCCCACACCUGCUAGAAGUGUAGAGAAUGUUUAGCUGGAAGCUUUCAAACAUCAUUUUUGUUUUGUUUUUCUUGUUUGUUUUUUUAACUGUUUGUCAGACAGACUGCCACCCACACAAACCACUCUGACCUACACCUGUUAACACAAACCCCUGCGAUGUAAAAUACGGUUCUACUGCUGUCUGUUGAACAUGAAAUUGAAAUUGUAGAUUUUUUUUUUUGUGUCUAAUAACUCCUUUGUAUAUACUACUCCAGAUUUGUAUGUAACGUUUAUGGUAGUAAUUUAUUUAACUGUCUCCUCAGUAAGAAAGUUCCUUAAGCACCACUUUAUUUUGAAAUUAGGAAUUCAAUGUGCCAUUUGUUUAUUUUCUGUAUUAAUGUGACUAAUGCUUUUUUUAAACUGUACAAGUAAACCCUCAAUGUCCUUUUUUUUUUUUUUGUAAAACACGGUUGUCCUUACUCCGUACCAGCCGUAAUGGAAGUGUUAGUGGAAGAAGCGUCCUCGGGGCUGCUUUUGACUUUUUACAGGUGGGUUGUUUUACUGCGUUGCUCACCCACAGUGCCGGGAUGUUCUGGAUGUCGAUAACAGUCUGAAUAAAUUGCGUUGGUGUUGGUUCCUGCACCUGCUUUUGAAUCUAAAUAAUAAGAUGAGACACCUUUGUGAGUAGUAAAACCUGGGCUUAUAAAUAAUUUAAGAAUACAAUAUUGGCACGUGUUACAUGACUUAUUCAUCAGAAAUCUAAGUACAGAAGAAACAUGGUUUGUUUACUGUGUUGUGUGCAGUGGGGGAAACGGUUACUGUUACUAUGGAGGCUGUGGAAAUGUCAGAAGAGUACAAUGGAGAAUCACAGGUUUACAGUAGAACAGUUAGUGCAUCAGAGUUCAACGUCUCAGACUGGUUUAAUCACAGAAUAAGCUGCUGUGUUACUGAAGACCUUAAUGUGACCCAGACUGUGGAUCAGCAGCAGAACCCACUUAAGCCACCAGACCGGAUCGUGGUCGACAUCCACACACACCCAGCUCUUUUCACUCUAGUUUACUCAUCUCUACAACAGACAACAGCUACAUUAACCACAACAAUAUGACAUAAUCCUUUUAUUUAUUUGGUUCUUUUUUUUUUUUUUUUUUUAGAAAUGACUUUCUGAGCCGGGUUAUGUUGUCAAUCAUGUCAAUAUAGUUUUUAGAAUCCAAAUAAAAACUGUGGGUUUAAAUGUU